AUGGCUUCCCGUGGCUUCUCCCGGGCUCUGCGGAGCCCCCUGGCCCGCCAGAUCGUGGCCCCCGCUCAGCGCCGCACCUUCGUCGCCGCUGCCGGCCUCGUCCGCGCGAAGGCUGCUGUCUCGGCCGUCAUGCCCGCCAAGAUUGCCCAGCAGCAGGUCCGUGGUGUCAAGACCAUUGACUUUGCCGGCUCUGAGGAGCAGGUGUGGGAGCGUGAGGACUGGCCCAAGGAGAAGCUCCUGGACUACUUCAAGGACGACACCUUUGCUCUGAUCGGCUACGGCUCGCAGGGCCACGGCCAGGGCCUGAACCUCCGCGACAACGGCGUCAACGUCAUCAUCGGCGUGCGCAAGGAUGGCAAGUCCUGGAAGGACGCCGUCCAGGACGGCUGGGUCCCGGGCAAGAACCUGUUCGAGGUCGACGAGGCCAUCUCGCGCGGCAGCAUCAUCAUGAACUUGCUGUCGGACGCCGCGCAGUCCGAGACGUGGCCCCACAUCAAGCCCCAGCUGACCAAGGGCAAGACGCUGUACUUCUCGCACGGCUUCUCCCCCGUCUUCAAGGACCUGACCAAGGUCGACGUCCCCAAGGACAUUGAUGUCAUCCUGGUCGCCCCCAAGGGCUCUGGCCGCACCGUGCGCUCGCUGUUCCGCGAGGGCCGCGGUAUCAACUCGUCGUUUGCCGUCUACCAGGAUGUGACCGGCAAGGCCGAGGAGAAGGCCCAGGCCAUUGGCGUCGCCAUUGGCUCGGGUUACCUGUACAAGACCACCUUUGAGAAGGAGGUCUACUCGGACCUGUACGGUGAGCGCGGCUGCCUGAUGGGCGGCAUCCACGGCAUGUUCCUGGCCCAGUACGAGGUGCUGCGCGAGCGCGGCCACAGCCCGUCGGAGGCCUUCAACGAGACCGUCGAGGAGGCCACCCAGAGCCUGUACCCCCUGAUCGGCGCCAACGGCAUGGACUGGAUGUACGAGGCCUGCUCGACCACCGCCCGGCGCGGCGCCAUUGACUGGUCGCCCCGUUUCAAGGACGCCCUGAAGCCCGUGUUCAACCAGCUGUACGACUCGGUGCGCGACGGCUCCGAGACCAAGCGCUCGCUCGAGUACAACAGCCAGAAGGACUACCGCGAGAAGUACGAUGCGGAGAUGGACGAGAUCCGCAACCUGGAGAUCUGGCGUGCCGGCAAGGCCGUCCGGUCGCUGCGCCCCGAGAACCAGAAGUAA